AUCAGCCAACACACACACGCACACGGGACACACACGCACACAGACGCGAACUCAACUUCCACAGUUUCUUUAUUUUCUGCAGGAAAAUUGGAAGCAAAACGACUCGAAAUUCACUGUGAACGCGCUUCGUAACGUAAUCGCUAUCGGGAAUCUCUACGGUGAUCCGGAGUCCAAGUGGUGCCCCAGCGUACGAUGCUAGCAACUGGCCAGCAGCAAUCAGCCGUCGCCGUUCAAUAACCAAUAUCAAUAUCGCAUUCGAUUUUCGAGUCGGAGUUGCGGACCGACCAACCAAUCGCCAGUCAUCGUACGUGGCGCUAUUCGCAACAGCAGUUGAUCCAUCCGGCCGGGGGAGCUGCUCCAUCCGGGCGCCAUGACGGACGCAGCCGCUGGAAAUGCGCUGGCCGAGAAGGGCCUGCCGCAGAUGAAGGGAUGGCUGCUGAAGUGGACCAACUACAUCAAGGGCUACCAGCGCAGGUGGUUCGUCCUGUCCAAGGGCGUGCUGAGCUACUACCGCAACCAGACGGAGAUUAAUCACACGUGCCGGGGCACCAUCUCCCUCCACGGAGCCCUUAUCCACACGGUGGACUCCUGCACGUUUGUCAUCUCCAAUGGGGGCACCCAGACCUUCCACAUCAAGGCCGGCACCGAGGUGGAGCGCCAGUCGUGGGUCACCGCCUUGGAGCUGGCCAAGGCCAGGGCCAUCAGGGUUCUCGAGAGCGAGGAGGAAGAGGAGACGGAGACGGCCCAUGUGGUGCCCAGCCAGGAGAUCAGCUCAGUGGUCCGCGAUCUCACCGAGCGGCUGGAGAACAUGCGCACCUGCUUCGACCUGAUCACCAAGCAUGGAGCAGCCCUGCAGCGGGCACUCAACGAUCUGGAGACGAACGAGGAGGAGUCGCUGGCCAGCCGCACCAAGAUCGUCAACGAGCGGGCCACCCUCUUCCGGAUCACCUCGAAUGCCAUGAUCAAUGCCGGCAACGAUUACCUGCAGUCGGCGGAGGCGCAGGGCCACAAGUGGUCCAAGAUGCUGCACCACGAGCGCGAGCAGCGCCAGCGGCUAGAGGAGAUCGUGGAGCAGAUGGCCAAGCAGCAGUCGCAGAUGGAGCAGGCGGCGGUGCUGGUGCGUCAGCAGAAACCGGUCCCUUCCAGCUCGGUCGGCAACGCCACUCCCGGCUCUCUGGUGACCUCCGACGACGAUAUGGAGUUUUUCGACGCCGAAGAGCACGGAUACACUGGGCCGGGGCGCUCGGCCGAAUCUCCCCAUCAGGGCACAUUCAUUCUGAAGAUGAACACGCGACGCAGCAGCAGCGAGGAGCAGGUGGAGGGCCAGCAGGAGGGCAGCUCCUCGGAGAGCGACGAGCAGAAGCGCACCGUGCCGACGGUGCAGCAGGUGUGCCUCGUGAGUGCGCCGCGGGUGGCCUCUGGCGGACAAGGUGAUGACGACGACGUGGACAAGGCAGUGCCGGCCCAGCAGAGCACCGAAUCCAUCUACGGCCGCAACUGGAAUCCGGAUCUGAUCAAGAAGCGGCGCGACCGAGUGCCGGACAAACCGAACCACCCCAUCAGUCUGUGGGGCAUCAUGAAAAACUGUAUCGGCAAGGACCUGUCCAAGAUCCCUAUGCCCAUCAAUUUCAACGAGCCGCUGUCGAUGCUGCAGCGCCUGGUUGAGGACUACGAGUACACGGAGAUCCUCGACUAUGCAGCCACCUGCCAGGACGAGUGCGAGCAGCUGGCCUACCUGGCCGCCUUCACCGUCUCUGCCUACGCCACCACCACGAACCGCACAGGCAAACCCUUCAAUCCGCUGCUGGGCGAGACCUACGAGUGCGACCGCAUGGACGACUACGGUUGGCGGUGUCUGGCCGAGCAGGUGUCCCACCAUCCGCCGGUGGCAGCGCUCCACUGCGAGAGCAAAAAGUGGAUGUGCUGGCAGGAGUUCUCCAUGACCAGCAAGUUCCGCGGCAAGUACGUUCAAAUCAAUCCCCUUGGCGGCGUUUAUGUGCAAUUCCUGGACAGCGGCAGGCGUUAUUCCUGGCGCAAGGUGACCACCACGGUGAACAACAUCAUUGUGGGCAAACUGUGGGUGGACCAGCAUGGCGAAAUGGAAAUCCGGGGAUCACAGGCAUCGGAGGGCUACAAGUGCGUGCUGAACUUUGUCCCCUACUCAUACUUCAGUCGCGAGGUGCAGAGGAGCGUGAAGGGCGUGGUGAUGAACAAGGACAACGAGGUGAAGUGGGUGGUGCGCGGCACGUGGGACUUUAAAAUCGAGAUUGCGCCGGUGCUGAAGACCUCGGGCUCUCCCAACAGUCCCACCUACACCACGGGCGACUUCAAGUUAGCCUGGCGACGUCGCCCGGCUCCGCCGGAGUCGGAGAAAUUCUACAACUUCACCACGCUGGCCUGCCAGCUGAACGAAGAAGAGGAGGGCGUGGCACCGACGGACUCACGCCGGCGCCCGGACCAACGGCUCAUGGAGCAGGGGAGCUGGGACGAGUCGAACAACGAGAAGCUGCGCCUGGAGGAGAAGCAGCGCACGGAGCGCCGUCGGCGCGAGGCGGAGGCAGAGCAGGCGGCAGCGGAGGGCAGGCCGUAUCCGGCCUACGAGCCCAUGUGGUUCAAGCGCGAGAAGGAGGAGGGCAGCGAGGAGUAUGUGCACGUGUUCAAGAACACCUACUGGGAGGCCAAGGCGGCGCAGAACUUUGAGGGCUGUCCCGAUAUCUACUAAACGGGAGUAGUAGCGAAUGGAGCAGCCACUACCACACAGAGCAGCCUUAGCGAAUAUUCUAAAGAUUUCAAAUAUGAUGCAGCCUCCACUACACUCUGCACACAACCCGGAAACCACAAACCACAGCGGGACACGCUCCGGCGGAUUGCGAACCGGAGCAGCACAUACGCAUAUAUAGUAGUACCACACACCUCGAUCUAGUGCAUAUAUAUAAAUUAAUUCCCGUAAUCUAACCAAGUUCGAGCCGUGCCCUUGCAUCGAAAUUUACCUUGAUUAUUUCCGUUUCUGACUUUCGGUUCCCCCUCCCAUUUUCUAGUAGAAGCUAUCCAAACGAGGGCUGGGCCAGUGGUUUCUCCCUCCAAACCACACUAGAUGUCCUUCCCUCUUUCCGCAGAAUAGUACAUGUUUCGCCUUUGUUGUGUAUAUAUAUAUAUAUCGAACCGAAUCGAAUGCCGAGCAAGCAGGAGCAAGAGAAUAUGUUAAAUGUUAUAAAUUUAUGCAAUUUAUUAUUAAAGUAUUAUUUAAAUAAAGCAA